AUGAUUAAUUCAAUAUUAAUAAUGAUUAUUGUAUCUUCGAAUAUAUACAUCAAUUGUAUUUCUAUAUCAAAUAAUAUAUGGACAUUGAAACAAAAUACCGGUUCAUUUCAAUCACAAAAUCAAGUACAAACAUUUAAUACAAGUGGAUAUUCAAUUCAAAAACAAAGUCAAACACAAUCAUUUAUUAACACUUAUAACAAUGGACAACAAAUUAUUCAGCAGCAAAUUCAACAACAAAAUCAACAAUUCAAUUCAAUUCAAUCACAAGCUCAACAUCAAUCGAUAAAUUCUGGAAACUUGCAACCAAUCAUAACAUUACCAAUGAUUAUUCAACCAAACCAAAAUGAUGGUUUACAAAUUCCAGUUGAUCAAACACAACAACCAUUAGAUUCACACAUAUAUAAUCAACCAGAAUUACCUGGUCAGUCACGAAAUGACGUUGGUCAUUCAAUACCUGAUCAUCAUCAACAACAACAAGAACAAUCAACAGAACUACCUCAAGAAUAUCAUGAUAGUGAAAUACAACGAACACAACGAAUUCAGAAUGAAGCCAAUUCUCAACAACUCGAUUCAUCGUCACAAUCCGAUCAGUCACAAUCCAAUGUUGAUGAUUUCAUAUUGGUACAACCACCAUCAUCUGAACAGUUUGGAGCAUUACAGAAUGGUCAAAAUCAAUCAUCACAACAGUCACAGCCUGGAAUCGACUCACAACGUCAACUCGAUGCAUCGCCACAAUCCGAUCAGUCACAAUCCAAUGUUGAUGAUUUCAUAUUGGUACAACCACCAUCAUCUGAACAGUUUGGAGCAUUACAGAAUGGUCAAAAUCAAUCAUCACAACAGUCACAGCCUGGAAUCGACUCACAACGUCAACUCGAUGCAUCGCCACAAUCCGAUCAGUCACAAUCCAAUGUUGAUGAUUUCAUAUUGGUACAACCACCAUCAUCUGAACAGUUUCGAGGAUUACAGAAUGGUCAAAAUCAAUCAUCACAACAGUCACAGCCUGGAAUCGACUCACAACGUCAACUCGAUGCAUCGCCACAAUCCGAUCAGUCACAAUCCAAUGUUGAUGAUUUCAUAUUGGUACAACCACCAUCAUCUGAACAGUUUGGAGCAUUACAGAAUGGUCAAAAUCAAUCAUCACAACAGUCACAGCCUGGAAUCGACUCACAACGUCAACUCGAUGCAUCGCCACAAUCCGAUCAGUCACAAUCCAAUGUUGAUGAUUUCAUAUUGGUACAACCACCAUCAUCUGAACAGUUUGGAGCAUUACAGAAUGGUCAAAAUCAAUCAUCACAACAGUCACAGCCUGGAAUCGACUCACAACGUCAACUCGAUGCAUCGCCACAAUCCGAUCAGUCACAAUCCAAUGUUGAUGAUUUCAUAUUGGUACAACCACCAUCAUCUGAACAGUUUGGAGCAUUACAGAAUGGUCAAAAUCAAUCAUCACAACAGUCACAGCCUGGAAUCGACUCACAACGUCAACUCGAUGCAUCGCCACAAUCCGAUCAGUCACAAUCCAAUGUUGAUGGUUUGAUGUUGGUUCAACCACAAUCGUCUGAUCUGUUCCAAGUAUCCGAUCCACCGAUUUCUAAUGUGUCAAAUCCAAUAGUUGAGCAGCAUUCGGAAUUUGACAAUUCAUCCUCUAGUGAACCGACACAGUCACUCGAAUCUCAUCUCUCUCCAGAUUCUCCAUUAUUCAAUCAACAGUACCAGCGACUACAAUAACAACCAUUGGAAGAUUCACAGGUGUAGUCAGACACUCAAAUAUCGAACAAACAACAAACUUUCCACUUAUCAUCUAAUCAAUCACAAUCCACUGUUACUAUUGUUACUAUAUAAUAUCAGUCUGAUUUGCCACAAAGGACCUUCAGUUUUCAACCAUGCAAUCAGCUUUAUAUUUGUGAUGACUUAUGACUGAUCAUUAAUAUCACAUGGCAAAACAACAAUUACAUUAUCG